AUGGUUGGUGUUCAGCAUGGUUUGAACCCGGCUUCAUUGCCAUCGAGUUGGUCCAAGUGUCAUCAAAGUCUUUAUAGUGAUGUCUUGCAUCAGGCUAAUGUGACUGGAAUCCUUCGUGAUUGUAACAAGAGCUUUCUUUUACUUGCUUGUCGACCUGUUAACAAUACCCAUUUCACUGUAGCUGCUAUGGGCUAUCGAAGUGAUGUUCUCUAUGAUUGUGGCAGUGGUACCACUUGUACUCAUGUAGCAAACGGAGUCGGCUGGUACUUUUCUGACAAUUACUCGUGGGGUUUUGUAAAUGGCACUGAAUCAGUCACACGCAACAGAUGUGAUACACACCCUAUACAAGGUGGUGUGAACAAACUCUGCUGGCAUACAAAUUGGAACAUAGGUGGUUAUAAAUGUGGUUCUAACAUUGAACUAAAUAGUGACGGGACAUAUGCGCGAUUUAUCUAUCAUUCAGAUUGA